AUGACUUCAGCAACUCCAAAAGAAUUGGAAAUAUCAGCAUUAAAAAAUCAUGAACAAUUACCAAAGUCAAGCUCAUUAAUACGAUUGACACCAUAUUUAGAUAAAGAAGGUGUAUUAAGAGUUGGCAUCUAUUGGAAGUGUGUUAUUUGUACACGUCAACGUGCAUUGGUCAGUCAACAACUCAUGGGACAACUCCCUCCAGCUCGAUGUAAUCCGAAUCCAGCAUUCAUUAAUACUGGUGUGGACUUUGCUGGGCCAUUCAUAUUAAAAAAAUGGCUUGGCAGAUGUAAACAAACAUAUAAAGCAUACAUUGCUGUGUUUGUGUGCUUUGCAACAUCAGCCACUCACUUGGAAGUAGUUAAUGGAUUGUCUACUGAAGAGUUCAUAGCAGCAUAUCGACGUUUUACAUCACUUCGAGGUGAAUGUAAAAAUUUGUAUAGUGAUUGUGGUACCAACUUUAUUGGUACAAUAAAAGAACAUCAAUUACUUAACACUCAAGCUCACAACAUGUGUGACUUUGCUCAUCAACUCAGCCUUGAAAGCACGAAUUGGCAUCUAAAUCCUCCUGGAGCACCACAUCAAGGUGGGAAAUGGGAAGCUGGUGUUAAAUCAAUGGAACAUUAUUUAUCAAGAAUCAUGGGAGCAACUCCAUAUACGUAUCAUCAACUUGACACACUAGUUAAACAAAUAUCAGCUCAACUCAAUUUAAGACCUCUUUGUCCAAUGACAAAUGAUCCAAAUGAUCUAGAAGCAUUAACGCCUGGACAUUUCUUGAUAAGUAGAGCAAUGACGGCUAUACUUGAGGGUUAA